AUGGUGCUUUGCAGUGUUUUCAUGGCCAUACUCUUUCUUCUCCUUAUUUCAUCUUGCAGUGCUGCAAACUCGAAUCUUUUCCGCGAGUACAUUGGUGCUGAAUCUGACUCAGUUAAGUUAUCAGAUGUGCCAAUAAACCCUAAAGUUGAAGUUCAUUUCAUCCUAGCAUUCGCAAUCGAUUACACCCCCGAUAACCACCCGUCACCCACAAACGGUAAGUUCAAUGUUUUCUGGAAAACCAACAAUUUGGGUCCAACUGAAAUAGCAUCCGUUAAAGCCAAGAACCCAAACGUCAAAGUGGCUGUUAGCUUGGGUGGUGAUAGUGUCAAUGGCAGAAAUAAGGUCUACUUUUCUCCUAAAUCCAUUCACUCAUGGGUUCAAAAUGCAGUUUCUUCACUUACUAGCAUGAUCAAGCAGUACAAUUUGGAUGGUAUUGACAUCGACUAUGAACACUUCAGGUCAGAUGAGAAAACUUUUGUCGAAUGUAUCGGACAGCUUAUAACGAUUCUAAAGAAAAGCCAGACCAUCAAAUUUGCUUCUAUCGCCCCCUACGAAGAUAACGGACCUGUUCAAAGUCAUUACUUGGCUUUAUGGAAGAAAUACGGACAUGUUAUAGAUUAUGUGAAUUUCCAGUUUUACGCAUACGAUAAGCUUAGUGUUUCACAGUUCAUAUAUCACUUUAACCAUCAACAAGAUUCAAGUUAUGCAGGAAGUCAACUUCUAGCCAGCUUCAUAAGCAAAGGUAACUUAGGUCUGCCUCCUAAUGAUGGAUUCUUUGAGGCCUGCAGAGAGUUGAAAAGGCAAGGCAAGCUUGGAGGCAUAUUUGUGUGGUGUGCAGAUGAAUCCAAAGCCUUUGAUUUUAAAUAUGAACAAGAAUCUCAGGCUUUGGUUUUAGAAUAUGUGUGA